GUUAUCACGCUCAGUCUGAAAAAACUCAUCCACAUCCUGGAAAGAGAGAAACAGAUGACAUUUACAAAUCCCUCCAGUGUGGUGUGAGUGUGGUGCAGAGUAUCAGAGUAUGAUGAUGUUAGAACUGAGGUACCUUGUGGCUUUCUUUCCUUAUUCCCUCCAUGGCAUGGCUGAGACGGUUGAAGAUCCCCUUCCUCACCCUCUGACGGCCUGGAGGCUGGAGCACACAGGCUUAUCUUAUCAGUGUUUUACGGGUUUUGUCGAGGUGUUUGCUGCUUGUCAUUACGUCAUGUUUGUGAGAAACAACAUUAUUUUUAGAAAAGGAGAAAUGAUGAAAUUACAGUUGGUCGAUGUGGUUUGAGAACUGAAAAACGCAACAGGGAUGUUGAAACAAGAUCCAUAAUUUUCUGUCUCUCUUUAUAAUUCACUACACUAACUUAGUCCAGCAGUGAUUCUCCUGGAUCAACACAAGGAUACAGCUACUAUGUGGUUCUCUGUUUGUCUGGUCAACUUGAUCCUGCUAACGGGCAGUGAAGCAUGCAGAUUGCCCGGCACUCUACAGACAAUUGUUAAAUCAGCGGGUCAGUCUGUCCUCCUACUCUGCUCCUGUACUGACCCUCACACCAGACCAGCCAGCCUCAUAUGGGAGUUCAGUGCAUCAGGCUCUGGACCCUGGGUGCCUGUAACUCAGAGUGAUCUCUACAGAAACAGACUGGAGUUUAAUGAAACCAAACUACUCCUCUCACAUCUCACUGAGGAGGAUCGGGGAUUUUAUAGGUGCAGAAUUCGAAAUCAACAGUUCAGAGACUUUUCACUAAGUGUUCAAGGCUGUACUCUGUCUGGGCAGCAGGAGACCCCUAUAGAGAUCACUGUGUCUUCAGGUCAGUCUGUCCUCCUGCCCUGCUCCUGUACUGACCUUCAGACCAGACCUGCAAGCUUCACAUGGAGGUUCAAUGAAGAACACACUUCAGCUUGGGUACCAGUAACUCAGAGUGAUCUCUACAGAGGCAGAAUGGAGCUGUUUAAUGAGACCACACCUGGGAACCUCUCUCUCCUCCUAUCACACCUCACUGAGAAGGAUCAGGGAUAUUAUAGGUGCGGAAUCCGGAGUGGACAGGUCAGAGACAUUCACCUCACUGUUCGUGGUAAGAGAUGCUGCUAGCAUCACUGUUUUGUUGUGUGACUGGAGCAUUCUUAAUGAUCAUAGCUUUGUAGUUUUACUUGACAAUCCUACAUUUGAGGCAUUCCAGCACGUACCAUGAACAAUAAUUUUGUGUUUCAACAG